GACCGUCGACGCAGCGCUACGCCAGUUCGACAACGCGACCCUGACACCAACGUCCCUCGAAUUUUACCUCGGGAACUAUACCGGAAGUCGUAUUAAACAUAUAACCACGAUGAAGAUCGCCCUCUUCCUAAUCAUCGCCGCGGCUGCUUGCACUUCGGCGCAAAGGAUCACGACCAUUCAACUCGAUGGAGUGCAGUAUUACGUGUCGAGAAUGAACCCGUACAGUCUUGAACUGAACUACUUCUUGGCUUAUCAGUACUGCCGGUCGUUGGGGCUUCAGUUGAUUUCUUUUGAAACAAAAGAGAAGGCGGACACAAUGACGCAGUACUUGCAAAACGCCGGUUACACCAAAUUUGAUUUCUGGACAUCGGGCAACAAGCUCGGAACCGACAUGAUGCUGUGGAUGAGCACCGGCCUGCCCUUCAAUUCGACCUUUGAUUACAUGCGAAAACUUCCGGGACGCAGCGAGACCUACGUGCCUCGAGGAACAGAGCCUCAAAGAAUAGCGAGGGAAAGCGGUGAGAACGGAAGUGCCGAUUUGUGCGUCGUUAUGAAGGCGCCGACGUUGGAAUGGGUAACCGAGGACUGCACCCUCUUCAAGGAUUUCAUAUGCGAACAAACGAGAUGCUACUACUACAACUACGGCAGCAUUCCAGUCUCGGCGACACAGGGAAAUCGCCGGCCGUACACGACGACCACAACUGCCGCGCCAGCAGCCGUGGAAGAUAAAAUCGAAGACAAAGCAAUCACGGAGGAAAACGCUUCAACAUCGGACACUGAAUCAGAAGAGAAGGUGUCCGAAGAUCCUAUCGUUAAUAGACUGGUAACGGCUGUUCCCGCUUCCGCUUCCACGUCCGACUUCGACCCCAACACCGAGACCUCGGAGACAAUUUCGAAAAGCGACAUCGUCGAGGAUCAGGGGGAGGAGGAUGAUGAGGAUAUGGCCAGCGCCGAGAAACACACCGGGCCUGACCACAUCCCAGAUAUCGCCAGCUUGUUCGCUACUAGAAAAGACCCUGCAUUCGACGGCCUCGAAACCCGUGAGGUCCGUCCGGCUUCGGCGCAGGCAGAAAACUCCGAGGACUACGAGGUCGCGGAAACCGAGCUGCCGAACAACGCGCUGGAGGACGCGCGCACCAUCGGCCCCUACGACAACUCCCAGCAGGACUACGUCAACGAUCAGCCGAUCCAAGACGAGCCCGGUGCGCCCCUCAAACAGCUGGACGACGACUCGAGCACCAUUUUGCCGGAAGCGGAACCAGGGUACAGGUACAAUAUCAAGGUACGCUCGAAUGGCAAGGUACUAGACCCUCCGUCCAAUUAAUUGUAUGCCUAGAUUAAGACUUGAAAAAAUUUGAAUCGUCGACCGUUUUAUUACAUAGAUUUUAAGUGCGAAGGAAGUCAAAGUGAAACGAACUAAAAAUGUUCAAGGAUUUUACUGGCAGUGUAUACAUUGUAUCCGGGAAAGUGCUUAUAAUCCGUUUGUCAUUUGUCUUUGGGUUUUCACUUAUUACUAUCGAAAUGCUGUUGAUUCGUAGGCGGAUCCGGUUUGGAACGUAAGGUUCGCGAUACUCGCAGAUGCGAUGACACAUUUUAUUUUCAUUGUUUCCUUAUUUCCGUACUUUUCCUAAUUCAAGUUUGUUUUUCAACCUAUUCUACUACCAUCGCACAUCCUCGUAUGUGUCACACGAUCGAUAGUCACGGGAGGUGAACGAAUGAAUGAAAAAUGAAAACGAAAGAACAGACAAACCGUAUGAAAUACAUUAAAUUCACCUGGGAUCUACGGCAUUGGAAUCAAAUCAUUCUCAGCUAUGGCGUAGUGACGAGUAAUUAUAAUUACACUUACGGUAAUUAGUUUUGGUGUUGGUCAACGGGUGCCUGAAACACUUGCGAUUGUAACCGCUCUCACGUGUCGUUUAUUCAUCGAUUGAGAUACGUUUGCAAGGCGGAACGUUUCCAAUCGCUUGAGAGAAUAUUUUCAAAUAUAGUUUUAUAUUAUACGAGGAAUCUCUGGUGAGAGGGCAGCCUCCGAGCCACACGCGCACAACUUUUACGUUUGCCCUUUCGCCGGAGAUUCCCUGUACAAGUUUUCAAGCUUGAUCGAUGCGACAAAAACGUUUCUGUCAUCCGAACGUAUCAAUUCAUUGACACAGACAGUUCGAUUAGUCAAAAUUACCUUAGCCUCUAAGAAAACUCUUCUUAAAUUGUAUACGUUUAUUCAUAAUUAUACUGUACCUAUAAUGUUGCGAAUGAGAAUUUUGUAUGACUGUAAAUCAAUAAAGGUAUUACUACAUUUUUAU